AUGGAGAUGGACAUGGAGGGGGGCUCGCAGCCGCAGCCGCAGGGCGCCUCGCUCUCGCCGGCGCCGUUCCUGAUCAAGACGUACGAGAUGGUGGAGGACCCGGCGACCAGCCGCGUCGUGUCGUGGGGCCCCGGCGGCGCCAGCUUCGUGGUGUGGAACCCGCCGGACUUCUCCCGGGACCUGCUGCCCAAGUACUUCAAGCACAACAACUUCUCCAGCUUCAUCCGGCAGCUCAACACCUACGGUUUUCGGAAGAUCGACCCGGAGCGAUGGGAGUUCGCGAACGACGACUUCAUCAGGGGCCACAUGCACCUCCUCAAGAACAUCCACCGGCGCAAGCCGGUGCACAGCCACUCACCGCAGAACCAGGUGAACGGGCCGCUGGCGGAGUCGGAGAGGCGCGAGUACGAGGAGGAGAUCAGCAGGCUCAAGCACGAGAACGGCCUGCUCGUGGCAGAGCUCCAGAGGCAGGCACAGCAGCAGUGCGGGCUCAGCUGGCUGAUGCAGUCGCUGGAGGACCGGCUGACGGCGAUGGAGCAGCGGCAGGCGGACGUCGUGGCCUCCGUGCGCGACACCCUGCAGAGGAGACGGGGCGGCGUUCAUCCACGGCAGGAGACCAUGAUGCUGGAACUGGAGCCGACGGACCAUUUCAGCAAGAAGAGGAGGGUUCCGACGAUCGGUUUCUUCGUCGAGGAGCCCGCCGAGGAGCAGCGGGUGCCGCAUCUGCGGGCGAUGGGUGGUGAGACGCCGGGCAUGGUCAUGGUGAACGCCGAGCCCUUUGAGAAGAUGGAGCUGGCCCUGGUCUCCAUGGAGAAGCUCGUCCGGAGGGCCGGCGACUAUGCGUCGUCCUCUGAAGACAUGUACAACGCCGCCGCCGCCGCUGCGCCCAGCACCGAUGAUCCGGCUCAUGCAGAUCUGCAGGCGGCGCCAGUGGAGACCGGAGCAAAUCUUCAGCCGUCUUCACCGGAGCUAGCGGAGUCUCCGGGUUACGCUGUCCAGAGUCCAAUGCUACUAUUCCCAGAAAUUCACGAAGACAAGCGCAAUACAACGGCCGAAGUCGACAUGAGCUCCGAGGCCAGCACCACAGACGCUUCGCAGGACGAGACGACCGCCGAGGCCGAGGCCGAGACCGGAGUUCCCCAUGAACCGGCCGUGGCGAACGAUCUGUUCUGGGAGCGGUUUCUCACGGACACGCCCAAGCCGCUAGCCGUCGAGGAAAGCCAUGGACCCGAGGACGAUGUGAAGACCGGCCUAGACUGCUACUGGUUCGGUCACCGGAACAACGUUGAUCAGAUCACCGAGCAGAUGGGGCACCUCGCUUCUGCUCAGAAGACCUGA